ACGCCAAAUAAAAGCAGCGGUCACCUCCCUAACACUAUCGCUCGUUUUGCUCUGGAAGCAGUUGAUUCUGAGAGCCAAAGAAAGAAUGUGGCCGUUUUGCAGAAAAGGACCAUCUGGGUUCUCAUCAUCUUCCACAGCCGAGGAAGUUACUCACGGGAUUGAUGCAUCUGGUCUCACUGCCAUUGUUACAGGAGCAUCUAGUGGUAUUGGCACUGAAACUUCAAGGGUGCUUGCAUUACGUGGUGUCCAUGUAAUCAUGGCAGUCAGGAAUAAGGCUGCUGGAAGAUCUAUCAAAGAAGCUAUAGUAAAAGAAAUCCCAUCUGCCAAAGUUGAUAUCAUGGAAUUGGACCUCAAUUCAAUGGCAUCUGUGAGGAACUUUGCAACAGAGUUCAAUUCUUCGGGUCUCCCACUGAACAUCCUAAUUAACAAUGCAGGAAUUAUGGCAACACCAUUCAUGCUUUCCAAAGACAACAUAGAACAACAGUUUGCAACAAAUCACUUAGGUCAUUUUCUUUUGACAAAUCUGUUGUUGGAGAAUAUGAAGAAAACAGCCCAUGAAAGUAAAAGAGAAGGAAGAAUAGUGAUUGUCUCAUCAGAAGCUCAUCGUUACACUUAUCAUGAAGGAAUACGUUUUGAUAAAAUCAAUGACCCGUCAGGGUAUAGCAGUAUACGUGCCUAUGGUCAAUCUAAGCUUGCUAAUGUGUUGCAUGCUAAUGAGCUGACUAGACAGUUGAAGGAAGAUGGGGUCAAUAUAACUGCAAAUUCACUUCAUCCAGGAACAAUUUCAACCAAUCUUUUCCGUCACAUGAGCACUGUCAAUGGCUUGAUCAACGUGGUUGGUAGACUAGUGCUUAAAAACGUUCAGCAGGGUGCUGCUACUACAUGCUACGUGGCGUUGCAUCCGCAAGUGAAGGGUGUAAGUGGUGAAUAUUUUUCAGACUGUAACCUGGCCAAAGCAACUGAUAUGGGUAGGGAUGUUGGAUUGGCAAAGCAACUGUGGGAUUUCAGCAUGAAAUUGGUUAACUGAAUGAUGCUUCUAUUUCCACAAUAUAAACAACAUUUCUUUUCUUUAAACGUAAUAGUGUGCAUGUUUGUGCAAGAAACAUACAUAAUAUUGGGGGAGAUCUUACUUAGACUAGGUCUAUUGGACCCAAAGCAUAAAUAUGUGGGAUUUUAUGAUCCCACUUGUAUGGCUUUGAGUUCAUAUAGAUCCCGUUCGUAAUAUUCCUACGGUUAAUUUGUUGAUUGUAAUUAGAUAUUAUUAUUUCUGUAUUUUAAGUAUUUAAAUAUAAUUUUAUAAAAAUAGUUAUUUAUUUUUAGUGUUAA